GGGAUGAGGGAGGGCUCAGUCUGAGACGGGGCGGGUUUGUCGAUGCUUUGUCAUUUUUGGCGAGUGCAGUUGAAGCGAAGUCAGUUGGAGGGCAGCCCCCGGAGCCGGGCACAGCCGCUGGGACAGUGAGGGUGUGUGUGUGAGAGGAGAGACAGAAACAGAAGCUACAGCAACCGAGUGAACAGGAACUCACAAUGGGCGAAUACAUUGAGAAACGUGACACGUGUGGCACCAUCUGCCUCAAGUACCUGCUGUUCAUCUUCAACUUCUUCUUCUGGCUGGCUGGUGGUGUGGUGAUGGCGGUUGGCAUUUGGACCCUGGUUGAGAAGAGUGACUAUAUCAGCCUGCUGUCCUCCAGUACCUACGCCGCAACUGCCUACAUCCUGGUGGUGGCCGGGGUCAUCGUCAUGUUGACUGGGAUCCUUGGCUGCUGUGCCACGUUUAAGGAGAGGAGGAGCCUACUGCGAGUGUAUUUUUGCUUGCUGCUCUUUAUCUUUGUUCUGGAGAUCCUGGCGGGUAUCCUGGCCUACGUCUAUUACCAACAGGUAAGCUGUUGAGGGGGGGGUCAGCUCGGGUACAUUGACAGAGCGAGUCAUCGUUUCCCGGCCCUGUGAACACACGGGGAUCUGAGUCCCUGGCUAGUUCGGAUUUAACCUGCACCAGCUCGAGGAUGAAUUGAGAGGGAGUGAUUUGAAAAGGGCUGUUUUGACUGAGCCCUCCACAACAUGUGGUUUGUUUGCUGUGUCUGACGGUGAGGGAGCUGUACAACUGACUGAUCACUGACUGAGUGAUCUGUACAGAGGGUUCUCACUGCUUCUAAUGUCCAAUUACUGCUACCCACUCCAUCCUGCUGCUGGCCACACUGUCCACUGAAAGCUUCCAGCACAUUUUCCCAGCUCCAAGGAGAGGAAUGACCCAUUACCCCCCCUCCCAACCCCCGACACAAUUCCCCCUUUUCCCAGUUGAGAUCCGCAUCUCCUGCGGCCUCUUUCCCUCAGAUGCUGCCCAGAAUGGAAAUAUCCCAGCAGCUCCCUAUCCUGUCCUUGCAAAAGGCGAGAGCCAGUUCUCAUUUCCCUCCUGCUCAGGAGUGUGUAUCCGUUUCCAAACAGUCUUCCUGAUGCCUAUCCCACUGCUACCUAAUCGACGUGAAUCUCCAGGUCCGUCUCCUCCCUCAAAAACACGGUUUUGUUUCUAUUCUCACGUCCCCUGUUUCCACCAAAAUGUAGCUCUUCACACAAGCUGCUCUUGGGAAAGUCAGCACAGAAUGAUCCCACAUGGCAUCAACCUAGGCACCUGGCAGAAACAGCCCUGUCGACACUGCAAAGUCCUCCUCACUAACAUUUGGGGGCUAGUGCAAAAAUUGCGAGAGCUGCCUCAUAGCCUCAUCAAGCAACAGCCUGACAUUGUCAUACUCAUGGAAUCAUACCUUACAGAGAAUACUCCUGACACCACCGUCACUAUCUCUGGAUAUGUACUGUCUCACCAGCAGGACAGACCCAGCAGGCACAGUGGUAUACAGUCGGGAGGGAGUUGCUCCAGGAGUCUUCAACUUUGACUCCGGACCCCAUGAGGUC